UGCUGAAAUCCGAGGCGCUGUCCGUGGUGCUAAAAGCCCACAAAGCAAAUGGAGCGCGCAGCCUGAUUCACUCCUAGUUAAAACUGUGGGGACGUGCUUCUUCUUUGCCGAACAGCAUCUGGAAGGGAUUUUUUUAUGAGAUGGUGUAAAAAGUUUGCAGUGAUCCAUUUAUCUUUGGCCGUAAUACAGAGCUGACAGCAGUUACACAACUGGCACUGUGCCAGCUCAUGUUUUGCAUUUCUGCGAUGUACUGUUCGGUUUUGAAGUCUAUGCAGCCUCCUGCAAAGCCCGAACUUUGACGUUUUACAUCUUACAGUGUAGCGCCAGGAUGCAGACCGGCUGCUCACUCUCCUUCAAGCGGGGGCUUGGUGGUCGAGAGGGAGAGCGUGGGGGGAGGGCAUCCUCUCCACUUAGGCGUGUACUAACGAGUGCUUAGGACUUGUUGAUGGGAAAGAUUUGUUGACAUACAGACUGAAACAAGCGACCACCACUUCCUACUCUUUUUUUUCUUUUUUUUUUCUUGGACCAUGGGGAAAUAAAUUGCGGUGUUUGUUAGAGCCUCCUUUCUUAAUGCCGAUCGCCACACACGCAUCUCCCUCGCUGAAGGAUUCAUGCGCUCGGUGGAAUUGUGUGCAGAUCGCCGGGGGGUUCAACUUUCCGUAUUUGUAUGCAGCUUGUCACACAAUGCAGACGUCAUCUCCACAGGACUCAGAUCAGCUUUGGUUAUAUAUGUUUUUUUCUCUCCCUCUCUCUUGCUCCUAUCGCGCCCAACCGCCUAUUUUGUGAUGUGGACUACAGGGAAGAAUAUAUGUUUUGAGAGUCUUAUCCGAUAGACAGAUGGACCGCUGCUUGGAAUAGCCUUUAACUUCAUUUGAUCAAAUAAUAACUACAGUCCGAUUGCGUAUUUCUUUGCUCCAUAUGUGUGGCUCCUGAUCAGUCACCGCGGGGUCCCUUGCGGUCGAUUCUUGCAAACUUGGGAGUUCGUCUCGCCCGGGCUUCUGUGCGUUCAGCCGGGUAGAGGUCUUCGUUGGAGGCGCCUGUGUUUGUUUAAUUGCUGGCGGCACACAUGCACAGGCGUCCCCACCGCAGCCUAAACAGCGACUUCUCAUAGAGCAACCUCGUCUGGCAGAAGGAGGAGAAAACGGAGGGCGAAGGGAGGAAAGAGUGGGUGAAUUUGCGGCGAGGACGCUGCAGCUGGCGUUUGGACAUUUAAGGAGGCGAUGUUACAGGGAAUUUCACAGACAAAGAACAAACACAUCGGUGUGCAGGUAUGAACAGCCCUCUGAAUUCUCCGUCUGCGUGAGUUUGGCAUAGCUCUUCAUGAAGACUAUGGUCACUGAGGCAUGGAUUUACGCAUGAACUGAUCUCUUUUUUUUGCCACUAUGUUGAAGAAUUCUUCCCGUAAUAAUGACAGCUGGGUUGACACCGCAUUUAUCAUGUAGUGUUUGGCCAAAAGAGGAAGCCAGCCACUGAAAAAAAAUAAUAUUUAUUUGACAUUUGACACCGCGGAACGGACCCUUUAGCCGCCACCAUGGGACUGUGACCCGGGCUGCGAGCUCCGAGAGGCGGCUGUUUGUGUAGUCUGUGCUCCGUGUGCAGACAGGACCUGAGCAGUUGUGACAUUUUGAGCCAUGGCUGCUGCUAUCGCAAGUGGGCUGAUCAGACAGAAAAGACAGGCACGGGAGCAGCAUUUAGACCGACCCUCGACCAACCGACGGAGAAAGAGCCCCAACAAGAACAAGGGGCUCUGCAAUGGGAACCUGGUCGACAUCUUCUCUAAAGUGCGCAUCUUCGGCCUCAGGAAGCGGAGACUACGGAGACAAGAUCCCCAGCUCAAGGGUAUAGUGACCAGGUUAUAUUGCAGGCAGGGAUACUACUUGCAGAUGAACCCCGAUGGCUCUCUUGAUGGGACCAAGGAUGACAGCAGUAAUUCCUCUUUGUUCAACCUUAUUCCUGUGGGCCUCCGAGUUGUCGCCAUUCAGUCCGUGAAGACAGGGUUAUACAUCGCCAUGAACGGAGAGGGCCAUCUGUACACCUCGGAACUCUUCACAGCGGAAUGCAAGUUCAAAGAGUCCGUGUUCGAGAACUACUAUGUGAUCUACUCGUCCAUGUUGUACAGACAACAGGAGUCGGGGAGAGCUUGGUUCCUAGGGCUCAAUAAAGAGGGCCAAGCCAUGAAGGGGAACCGAGUGAAAAAAACAAAACCAGCUGCUCACUUCCUGCCCAAGCCAUUAGAAGUUGCCAUGUACAGAGAGCCAUCGUUGCAUGAUGUUGGAGAGACAGUGCCCAAGGCGGCGGUACCUCCCAGUAAAAGCACAAGUGAGCCGGCGGUGAUGAACGGAGGUAAACCUGUCAGCAAGCCCGACAAACCCGCCACAUAGCCACACUUGACCGGUGUCCAGCGUGCGUUUUGUGUGUGUGUAUGUGCGCGCGGGUGGGGUGGGGAGGGAGGAAUGUCACGGAGGCUUUUUCCAACCGGACUCCAGACCUUCUUUACUCUGUGGAUCGGAUCCAGGCGAACCUCCUCCUCCUCUGUCUUCUCUUGCUCCUCCUCCUCCUCCUCCUCCUCCUCCUCCUCCUCCUCCACAUUCUCCGCCUUGUUGCUCCCUUCCUCCAGCUGUCUCUGGGGGCGGCGGGAUUAUUCCGAGGCGGCUGACUUUGCCCCGGCACAGGAAGGAAGAGGACGUCCGAUCGUGGAAUGCCUUUAUAUUCCUUUGAAACUGUGAGAAUCCAUGUGAAUAACACAGUGAAUUUCACAAUGACGCUUAUGGUACUUUGCUUGAUGAAGGUUUCGUCCCAAAAAUGAUAAUAAUAAUUUAAAAAAAAAAAAAAAGUACCCUCCCCCCUCUCUACAAUGCCCUGUUACAGCAGAAUCUGUGUACCUUCAGAUCUAUUUUCUAUACCACAGUUCACCAGCUAUGUUCUGGGAUAGAGACUGUAUAGAUAGAGUAAAUAUUUGGACUGUUGUCCUCUAUUUUUUACGAGUAUGUUCCCCUCUCCCUGUCUUUCUAUCUCUCUAGUCACACACUUUUCUCUUUGUCAAGGAACCUAGAACAGAUAAAAAACAUUUUGGGGUUGUGUGAUUUUCUAAGAAGCGCAUCGAGACAGACGCGGCGUCAAAAUCAAAAGACACACACACAGGGAGAUGAGACGGUCCAAAUUCUCUCCUCGUCUACAACCUGCACACACUUGUAGGCCGACACACAAAGUUUGUGUGUAAAAAAAAAAAAAAAUCAGAGACGUAGCUUUUUUUUUUUUUUUUUUUUCUUUACAGCCGAUAAAAACACACUGGAGGCUGGCGGAUAGCUCCUGCAAUCAUAGCUGAUGAAGUGCUAAUUACCACCACUGCAAUCAAUGUGAGAGAAGCUCCCUACACACACACACACACACACACACACACACACAAACACACACAUUUCUAAGCAGAUGUGCGUGUGGGUGGGAGAGCGCUGUAAGGAAUGGUGUAUACAUAUCACUAUCUAAGUCCCACCAGCGGUUCAGUCCGCCUUCUCUGGUAAAUAGAAAACCUGAAGUCUAUUUUUCUUUAAUCUUAUUUCAGAGCGUGGGCUCUAGGAAUAUUUCUAGGCCUUGUAGGCCUCUGUCCCUCACUCACCGACUUCUCUUGACGACGAGGCAAAGGCUUCGUGGCUUUGACUCAGAUGGUCUGUAACUGCAGCAACUGGCAGCCAUCUUGCGGCAGUGUCUCUACUUAAAGCCAGAAAACAACAUGGAUGAAAACCAGUAGGUGACAUUUAUGCUGGCCGCAUCCCUAUUCGGUUCAGCAAACUAAAAGCAUGGACAAUAUUGUGUUCUCUCUUCUUGCAGCAGUUAUACAAGAGACGGCUUAUAUCGUAACAUUUUCACUGUAUAAAACUUAGGGAAAAUGACUAUUAAAAAUCAUAACUUUUUAAACGAUUAGAUAUUAUUAUUAUUAUUAUUAUUAAUUAUUAUUAUUAUUAUGAGAGGAUUUGUCUUCUAGCUCAGCAUGCAGAGUCCAGUACUGAUCAUCUUGGCCUAUCACGUGCCUGUUUGGACCUUGAUUCCCGGCAUGCAAAAACAGGUUCCCAGUCCCCACUGGGCCAAAGGUGCCUCACCCCAACCGAUACAUCCAUGUAGAGGACACGUAGCAUUACUCACCGAAAAACCACACUCAGAUGUACACAUUCUGAAAUGACCAAAGUCUUUUUUUUUUUUUUUCAUCCCGAGAACUGAUUCUUUAAAAAAGAAAAAAAGAAAAAACAAAGAAGAAGAAGAAAACAAAUCCGAUUCUGUCUGAUUGAAGUCAUCGAAGCUUUCACUGUGAUAGCAUUUGUUCUGUCCGAAGGAAUCAACUCCGCUCAGACCCCACAAAGGUCUCGACUGAUGUCAUUUUGGAGAAGUACGUAUACCUUGAAAUAAUCCCGUGCAUGUGUUUUUUAUAAGGACCGAGGUAUUGGGCAUUGUUCUUCACUCCGUGUAAACCGAAGAGCGCUGAAGUUCAGUGUGGGAGCUGAAUGGGCAUGUUGUAAGUAGGCUACGGAAAAACAACGCGCGGCUUCCCCAGAAGGCGACUCGCUGCACUUUGUUUUGCAUCUUCAUCACGACUGUUAGCGGUUUAUCAAAAGCUGUAUCUGAUCAAUACAUUUAUAAAGGUUUGUCUUGCUUUAUUGAAUUCCUUUUUUUUUUUUUUUCUGAUAGUUUCCGUUAGGUAAGACGUAGAAUAUUCUGUAGAUCGUUGCUGCUGUAUGCUGCUAAAAGUGCAACUAUGUUAAGAAAUUGGUUUGGUUUAAUAUAAGUUUCUGAGUUUAUUGGGAUUAUUAUUACAUGACCAUUUUUUCUUAUCACAGCACAUCGAAGCACAUUAGUUAGACAUUAAUAUUUUGUCUGUACAAAGCUGUUAAUGCUUUAACAAAAAUGGCGUACUAUAGACACAUAUACACACAGAGAGAGAGACACACACACAGGAGCUGGAAACCACUGUAGUUGUAUUUGGGGCUCAUUUUCUACCCUCAUUGCAGCCAGUCAUCGUCCACUCCCUCAAACUCUACAUGCUGGGCUGGUUACUCACUACAGUCCAGUAAACUGGCUCCUCCGAGACUGACUUUAUUUUUGUAAAUGACCAGUGUGUAAAUGUGCACUUACGUUUGGGUCUCCGUAGCCACCAUUUUAUACUUAAUUUUUUCGUCCCCCCAUUCCUCUCGUAUACAGGUCGUGUGUGAUGUCGUCUCCAUAUCCCGAUCACCUUUUAUUUAUUUAUUUUUUUUUUGAAUUUGUCCCCCUUCACAAGAAUAUUCUAGCGACUUCGUUUGUCCGUUGCUUCCGUUUUUGUUUUGUUUUGUUUGUUUUUUUGUCCGUUGUCCCAUCUGUUGCAUGGGGAGAGGAUGGCAUUGAUGAACUGCAUGUAGUAGGCUAUGUCUAUCAAGAACUGUUGGUAUGUACCGCUAAUUUUACAUAUAUGCAACGAGUUUGUCUACACUAUAAAGUUUGUGUUUGUUGUAUACGCAUAUACAACAUGUUGAAUAAAAAAAAAAAAAUUUAUAUAAAGGUGUACUGUAACGUCAGUAACAUACUUAAUGCAAUAUAGUGUGCAGUAUAUUAUUGCACCUGUCAUUUCUGAUGGGACAAAGAAAACGGAGGGGUUUGGCUAGUUUAAGCAUGAAAAAGGCCAAAAUAGAAUUUACAUAAAAUUUCCUUUGUGACUUCUUAUCGGUCCUCUUUUCAAGUGGUGACUGAGCUCUUGUGUCAAUGCAGCUCUCAUCCCCUGAUACCACCUUUUGAAGUGACAUGGACAUCCAGCAUGCCACAACUGAACUAUUUAUGCCCUUCUCUUUGUUUGUUUUUGUUUUUUUUUCCUUCUUCGUUUUUUUACUUAGAACUAUAUCACUACUUGGACAGUUUAGAUUAUUACAUGGCGGAUUGUUCGGUUUGAUUUCCUGCUGGAGGAGAAUAGGCACUAUUAAAAUGAUUUAUUUUCAAAAUAUAUAUAAAUAUAUAUACCAUUGCAAGUAUGCCCAUUGGAGUUAUGUCAUGUUAUAACAGAUUUGUAACCAUGUAUGAUUAAGGUCUUCGCAUUGUUUUCCAUGCAAAAUGUUGUGUCAUGCGGCACAUUUAAUGUUUUAUUAUUAAAAAGAAAUAAAAACCUCAAAGAGAAA